AUGAAUGAAGAGACGGCGUCGUAUAAGGUUUGUGCGCAACUGAAGGUGACAACUUGGGCCGGGCUGGGCCGGGCAAAAGUUUCGGGUUUUAGGAGAGAGGCUUUGCUUCCCAAAGCCCAACAAUCUUUUGGAGUUCGGAUCGACCCACGGGAACGAGCUUCCAUAUCCGGCCAUGGCGACUACGAAAAGUGUGAAGGACGUGUCGCCGCACGAGUUCGUCAAGGCUUACUCGGCCAUCUCAAGCGAUCGGGCAAGAUGGAGCUACCUCACUGGACUGACAUAGUGAAGACUGGUACAUUCAAGGAGCUUGCUCCGUAUGACCCAGAUUGGUAUUAUAUCAGAGCUGCUUCUAUGGCAAGGAAGAUAUACCUGAGGCAGGGUCUUGGUGUUGGUUCAUUCCAGAGGAUUUAUGGCGAACGUAAGAGGAAUGGAAGCCUCCAUCUCAUUUCUGCAAAAGCAGUGGGGCUGUUGCUCGUCACAUCCUUCAACAAUUGCAAAAGGAUGGGAGAAGAAUCACAUCAAGUGGCCAACGUGAUCUUGAUCAAGUUGCAGGGCGGAUUGUGGUUGCCUCUUGAUCGUCAUAUCAGUUAUCUCUGCAGAACCUGUUUUCAUUAAUCUUUUGGUUCUAGAAUUAGCUGGCCAAAGAAAUGGUGCUGUGUACUGUAUUUUUGGAACAAUUAUCGGUUAUGAACACCGCCAUCUAGUUUUUUUUUGGCCAUUGAUGUUUUGUGUUAUGAGAUACUCCGUAUCUGUUACUUGAGAUGCGCAAUCAACACUAUUGCGGAAUUUUUUUAUGUAUUGCUAAGUUUCC